AUGAUAAUAACUGGUAGAAAAAGAUGUAGCUACAUCUUGAGGAGAGAUGAAGCAAAAAUUACUGAUUGGAUAAGGGAAGAAGUAAAGAUACCUAAUAUCAAUCUGCUGCUUUAUCUGAUAAAAAUGGUAAAACACUUGCAAGUACCGUUAGAAAUAAGUUUGAAAAGUGGAUUGGGCAGAUUGAUCAAUAACAAAGUUGUAAAAAAAUCACCAAUACAUGGUGUCAGCGAAGUGGCACACGAUUUAUUAGACGAGUGGAAACGAACGGCCAAAUUUCAACCUACUACCAUACUUGCAACUCAAACUCAAAAGGCCAAAUCCCAAAUCCCAAAUCCUUGA